AUGUCUGCCAUUAAAGGUUUUGAAGAAAAAGGCAUUGUAAUUGAUGAAGUUGAAGAAGUCUCAUCAAAAAGCAUACAGAACGUAUUCCAGACUCAUCAGUCUGAGGAUCUCGUCACAGCGAACGUUCGAGAAAUAUGUGAGAAGUAUGACUUGCUCGAAUAUGAGGACCUCCUAGUAAGAGGGGCUUUGCUUGCUAAUAGACCUGAAGUUAUUGAGAGUGAAGAAUACUCUGAAGCUGAGAGGGAAUCUAUCCGGAGAGAAACAACACAUCCACUGUUAUCCCUUUCUCGGUCAAUGAUUCUCGCAGCUAUCUGUACUUCUUGUGCUGCUAUAAACUUUGGGAUGGACGAAAGUGCGGUAGGAGGUGCACAGUUGCAGUAUCAAAAGCAAUUCAACAUCACAGACGUCAAUAUCCAGGGAUUAACAGUGGCUGCACCUUAUCUAGCGGCAGCAGUGUUUGGUGCGCCCUUGACUGUUUUUUUAAGCAACCAUGUCGGGAGGAGAUGGGUUGUGUUUAUCAGCUGUUUAAUCGCUUUUGUAGGAUCCCUGAUUCAAGGCUUUUCAAACGGGCUUGCCUCAAUGUUGUUUUCAAGGUUGCUUAUGGGAAUUGGUAUGGGACUAAACUCUUCAACUGUGCCUAUAUACACAGCUGAAUGCUCACCCGCAAUUUGUAGAGGAGCCGUUCUUAUGCUUUGGCAAACAUUUAUCGCUUUGGGAGUAGCACUCGGAUCUAUUUUCAACCGGGCUUUCGUUGGGCUUAAUGGUUCGUUAUCUUGGAGAUUAAUGAUUGGAUCCUCAGCAGUUCCACCCCUUUUAACUGCAGCUUUGAUAUUUUUCCCACCAGAAUCCCCCAGAUGGUUGAUUGUCAAUGGAAAGUUUAAAGAAUCUUACAAGUCUUUAAUUGGACUGAGAUCAUGUGAGUUAUCUGGUUCUAGAGAUUUUUAUAUCCUUUACGAGUCUCUCCAAUGUGAAUCACAGCUCGAAACGCGGCUCACAAAAUGGGAACAGUUUAUCUCGCUAUUCACUGAGCCAAGAAAUAGGUUUGCGCUGAUUGUAUCUUCAAUAGGAAUACUUGGUCAGCAAUAUGGUGGUGUAAAUAUUUUGGUCUCCUACACUACAGCAAUUUUGACCAACGCUGGUAUUGACCCCGUGACAGCCAUUGGUGGUUCAAUUGGUAUUGGAGGGGGUUGUUUUCUAGCUACAUUCCUGUCGAGUCAACUAAUUGAUAGGUAUGGGAGAAGAAAAAUGCUUCUUCUUACUCUUCCUGUUGAAGGUAUCUGUCUAUUUUGGCUGGGAGGAGUGAUCAACAUUUCGAAUGAUCAGACACGUUUGGGCCUAGGAUUGGCUGCAAUGUAUGUUUACGUUCUCUUUUAUGGUACAGGAAUUGGUCCUGUAAGUUUUACAUUGGUUGCUGAGACUCCAUCGAUCUCUGUUAGAAUGGCCCACAGUGCCUUCUGCAUGAGUUUGAAUUGGAUAUUAGAUUUCUGUCUGAGUAUGACUUGGCCGAAAAUGAAUUCCCAAAUGACUACUUCAGGAGGUCUCUACUUCUAUGGUGCAUUCAACUUUGUGACCUGGACUCUUGCGUAUUUAUGCAUUCCAGAAACUAAAGAGUUCACACUGGAACAACUUGAUGAGGUCUUUUCUAAAGGUAUCAAGCCGUUUUUUAAAAACAAGUUAAAAAGACUUUUUCGCAAACACUGA